AACUGGGUAAUGGAUGACCUAAGGGAGACAAACACUUAACCUAUAUUAUAUUUAGGGGAAAUAAUGAACAUGGAAACUAAGAUAUUGCACAGGCCUUAAACCAUAUAACAGAAAUUUAUAAGAUCAUUCAAACCUUUUGAAUCUCCUUGGCAUGGAAACUCACAAAAGAUCUCCCUGAAGGUUUUGUAUUUAAAUCCCACUGGAAAUAGUCGGAGUGCAGACAUGUCUGCCUUUUUACUGUCAGGUGAAAAUUAUGAAUAAUUUGCUUUAGUGACAUUAGAGGAAUGCCAAGUAUUUGCGUUUUUUAUCGUAUUUUAUUUGAACAAAAGUUGUUUUGAUAGGAUCGAUUCAGAUGCAUUGUCACUGUAAUGUAUGUUUUAUUUUUUAAGUCAUAGAUGAACUUUAAACUGAUUAAGAGUUAGUGAAAUUUACAUGUGUGUGUUGCAUUUUUUACAGGGCGCCAAUGCCUCUGCUCUGGAGAAAGAGAUUGGAUCUGAGCAGUUUCCUGUUAAUGAGCACUACUUUGGCCUGGUCAAUUUUGGGAACACCUGCUACUGCAACUCGGUGCUGCAGGCUCUCUACUUCUGCCGGCCGUUUCGGGAGAAGAUCCUGGCGUACCGCAGUCAGCCUCGGCGGAAGGAGAACCUGCUCACCUGCCUGGCCGACCUGUUCCACAGUAUCGCCAACCAAAAGAGAAAAGUGGGGGUCAUACCACCCAAGAAGUUCAUCACACGGCUACGCAAGGAGAAUGAGCUGUUUGACAACUACAUGCAGCAAGAUGCCCACGAGUUCCUGAACUACCUGCUCAACACCAUCGCAGAUCUGCUGCAGGAGGAGAGGAAGCAGGAGAAGUCUAAUGGUCGCCUAGCCAACGGCACAUUGGACUCCCAGAACAACAACAGCAACGCCACGCCUGCUCCCACCUGGGUCCACGAGAUCUUCCAAGGCACUCUGACCAAUGAGACGCGUUGCCUCACGUGUGAAACGAUAAGCAGCAAAGAUGAAGACUUUCUGGACCUUUCUGUGGACGUAGAACAGAAUACCUCCAUCACACACUGCCUCAGAGGGUUCAGUAACACAGAGACUCUGUGCAGUGAGUACAAAUACUACUGUGAGGAAUGUAGAAGCAAGCAGGAGGCGCACAAGAGGAUGCGUGUGAAGAAGCUGCCGAUGAUUCUGGCUCUGCACCUGAAGCGCUUUAAGUACAUGGAGCAGCUGCAGCGAUACACCAAGCUGUCCUAUCGCGUUGUCUUCCCUCUGGAGCUCCGUCUCUUCAACACCUCUGGAGACGCCACCAAUCCUGAGAGGUUAUACGACCUGGUUGCUGUGGUAGUGCAUUGUGGGAGUGGUCCAAACAGGGGUCACUACAUCGCCAUUGUAAAAAGUCAUGACUUCUGGUUGCUGUUUGAUGACGACAUUGUAGAGAAAAUCGACGCCCAGGCCAUCGAAGAGUUCUACGGUCUCACAUCCGAGAUCUCCAAGAACUCCGAGUCGGGCUACAUCCUCUUCUACCAGUCCAGAGACUAAACCAGAUGUGGACCACAGCGCUUUGCCACAUCAUCCCAGAGAGACGCUCUCUUCUAACUUUGUGAGGGGGGGGGAGCAGCAGCAGAUUGUAAACUCACACGGCGUCAUACCUGCUUCUACCUGAGGCUUCUAAGCACCGCAGCUCAGCCGUGGCAGUCCCCCCUACUUACCAGCUGACCCCCCCCUCCUCCCAUGCCCUUCUUGCUCCCCUUCAUCCACCGCUGCUGCUGCGAGGACAGAGAGAGACGACAACAAAUGAAACUGUCAUGAUUGUUUUCAGAAGAAGGGACUGAGGGUUGUACAGAUUUUGACUGGCUGUUUGAGUGCUGUUCUAGUUUUUGCCUUGGGUGUGGGGUGAAUGGGUAUUUAAUUCAUAUGGUGUAAUAUCGGCCUGGAGUCUUCACCUCCCACAAUGUUAACCUAAACUGUGACGGAACUUUUUUUUUUUGGUCAUGGACGUGACGGAGGACGGACAGGAGAUGGGUGCCCUGCUUACAGGGAGCACUGGGCUGUGUAUUUCUAGUGUACAGAAUGGUAUUUGUAUAAAUAUUUCAUUAAGAUAUUAUCAUUGGAAAAUGUUAGACUCGGAGAAGAUGUAUUAACACUAUGGUGCACUUUUGAUACUGUUUUGUAGGUGUUGGCAAGCUUAAUGUGAGGGUGGGGGGUUGCUCGAAAAGGCCUGUUGUGAAGCGAUCAUUUUCUGUUUUUAAGAAAAAGAAAUAAAGCCAAUAAGAUUGA